AUGGAGAUUCAAUCAAAAAUCAACUCAUUUAUUCUUCAAGAAGAGCUCAAAUUAAGUUUAAUAAGCGAGUCUAAUUUUUUAACACAAUGGUUGCCAAAAUUAUUAGUAACUACUAUGGAAUUGAAAAAUUUAUUUUUUUAUCUAGUAAGUCAUAAUUUGGUUAUUGUAAAUUCUGACUCCAGAACUGAAAUUAUUUUCAAAAAAAAUAAAAGUUCACCGAGUAUAUAUUGGGAAAUUGCAUUUUUAUCAUAUUCAAUUGAAAUAUUACGAGUGAUUUUGCGGGUAUUGUUGCAACAACAAAAUUUUUUAUUGUUUAAAGGUUCAAUUGAAGAUUGUUUUAAUUUAAGAGGCUCUUUCAUUAAUCCUGGAAUUAUUAAAGUUGAAAGUACUUCAAUUGAUAUGUUGAUCGGUAACUUAAUGAAAUGUACAAAAGAUGAAACAUUAUUUGAUAUUCCACCACUAAGUACAAUACCACAACCAGCUAAAAAAACUGAAACAAUCAAAGAAUCAGUAACUGAUGACUUCAUUGAAAUUAGUAUAAAAUUAAAUUCAACUCAAGUAACAAAAAUACUCGGUCAUCAAGGUCAAUUAAUAAAAUCAAUUAGAAUUUAA